AUGGGAGGGUCUAGGGUUCAGUUCAAUAAGGCGCAUAAAACGCGAUUUGCUUCCAAGUCUUCUCGAAAUGCUCACAAAGUUUCUUCCCAAGAUAAAUUCAAGAUGUCAAAAUCUGAUCGCAGUGUUGCCAAAGGGGCCAAGGCAGCUCGUCUGCAGCGAAAUAAAAUGAUGAGGGAGCAGAAGAGAGCAGCAGUUUUGAAAGAGAAGAGGGCAUUAUCUGGACCAUCAAGCCCUCCCCGUGUUAUCGUACUAUUUGGUCUGACAGCCCAUGUGAACUUGAAAUCUCUCAAAGAAGAUAUUGUAUCAUUAUUAUCUGAAGAACAAAAUGGUGUCAUUUUUCCUGCCAUAGCAUCAUCAGAGUACAAGUUGCGAGCCACGGUCUUAGAAGCUCCUCAUGGUGAUUUGCUGACAUGCAUGGAAAUGGCGAAGGUAGUUGCUGAUUUGCUUGCUUUUGUGGCAUCUCCAUGCUCGCAUGAAACAGAUGAUACCAAUGGAUUUAUUGAUUCGUUUGGGUCACAAUGUCUUUCUGUGUUUAGAACGCUUGGCUUACCAAGCACUGUGGUACUACUUCGUGAUCUACCUGAUGACUUGAAAGGAAAAAAUGAACUGAAAAAAAUUUGUGCAUCCAUGCUUGCUCCCGAGUUUCCGGAGGAUUGUAAAUUUUUUCCUGCUGAUAAGAAAGAUGAACUGCAUAAGUUCCUGUGGCUUUUCAAGGAGCAGAGGCUUACCGUACCUCAUUGGCGAAACCAGCGAUCUUAUCUCAUGGCUCAAAAGGUUGAUGUGGUAGCUGAAGCUGGUGAUCCAGAAAAGUUUACACUUGCUCUUACUGGUUAUCUACGUUCACAUGCCCUUUCGGUGAAUCAACUGGUACAUGUUGCUGGAGCUGGGGAUUUCCAGCUGUCCAAAAUUGAACUUCUCAAGGAUCCAUGCCCACUCAAUAAAAGGAAAGGAGUAGAUGUCAUGGACUCUGAGGAUGAUGUACAAGUUCUGACUUGUCUUAUGCCUGAUCCGAUGAAACAAGAGCCUGUAGUAGUUGAAAAUAUCCCUGAUCUCUUGGCUGGAGAACAGACAUGGCCAACAGAGGCAGAAAUGGCUGAAGCUGACAAAAAUCACCAGGAGAAAAAAUUGAAAAAGAGGAGGCUCCCUAGAGGCAUAUCAGACUACCAGGCUGCAUGGAUUGUGGAUGAUUCGGAUGUUGACUAUUCUGAUAGUGAUGAAGGUUUAAAUGAUGGUAUGGUGAUGGAUGAUGGAGAGAACUUACCUGAGCAGAAGCAUGACAAUGAUUUUGACUUUGAUGAUGACCAGGCUUCCCUUAAUUUAAGAGAUUCUGAUGGAGAAACUGAAACAGAAUCUGUGAUGAUGGAGGACGGUGACAGCUUAACCAAGGAACAAUUAGCAGAACAGAUUCGUAAAAUUAAAGAAGAACACGCUGAAGACGAGGAAUUUCCAGAUGAAGUGGAUACACCAUUAGACGUUGCUGCACGGAAAAGAUUUGCCAAGUAUAGAGGUGUCAAGUCCUUUAGAACUUCAACCUGGGAUCCCAAAGAAUCUCUGCCUCCUGAAUAUGCUAGGAUUUUCGCAUUUGAUAAUUUUUCAAGAACACAAAAGCACGUUCUUGCUAAAGCUUUUACUAUGGAGCAAGAGACUGACAGCUGUAUACCAGCUGGAUCUUACGCAAGGCUUCAUAUUAAGGAUGUCCCAUCUAACAUAGCUUCCAAGUUGUGCAUGUUAUCUAAGACAAUGCCUGUAAUAGCCUCUGGCCUAUUGCAACAUGAGUCUAAAAUCUCUGUUCUCCAUUUCAGCAUUAGGAAGCACGAUACAUAUGAUGAUCCUAUUAAAGCGAAGGAAGAACUCCUAUUCCAUGUUGGUUUCCGGCAGUUUGUAUCAAGGCCAAUUUUUUCUUCUGAUAGCAUCAAUGCCAACAAGCACAAAAUGGAGAGGUUUCUUCAUGCUGGGAGGUUUUCAGUAGCUUCAAUAUUUGCGCCGAUUUCUUUUCAUUCUCCUCCUUUAGUAGCUUUGAAGAAAUUAGCUGAAGACUCACCUCCUGUAGUUGCUGCCGUUGGUUCGUUGAGAACUGUAGACCCUGAUAGGAUUAUUCUCAAGAAAAUCAUUUUAACUGGUUACCCCCAGCGUGUGUCUAAAUCAAAAGCGACUGUGAGGUACAUGUUUCAUAGUCCGGAGGAUGUCAGAUGGUUCAAGCCUGUAGAAGUUUGGACAAAAUGUGGUCGCCGUGGUCGCAUUAAGGAACCUGUAGGCACACAUGGGGCCAUGAAGUGCAUAUUUAACAAUGUCCUGCAGCAACAUGACACUGUAUGCAUGAGUUUGUUCAAACGCUCAUAUCCAAAGUGGCCUCAACAAUGGUUCCCACUACAGAGUGUUUAA